AUGGCGGCAGACUUGGACGGCACCAUGGCCGCCAAUUCCGCCCUUCGGGAUGAGAACGAGGCUCUGGCAAGCCUCAUGGAAGAGGUCCACAGCCUGGCAGAGCAGUGGCAAGAAGUUUGCGCUCGUGCGAAAACUCAUGGCAAGGACACCGUAGCGGCCGAGCUGCAGGAGCUCCGGGGGCAGCGCGAGAUCUUGCAGAAGCGCCUGAAGGCGUUGGAGCAGGGCGCCAGGCCCGCCCCGGAGAAACCCACCGACGAUGCAAAGCAGACUCAGCCGACGGCGCGGCAAGCCGAGCUGGAGACUGCUAAGGAGGAGUCGGAGGUCCUUCGAUCGCAAAAUCGGGAGCUGAAGGAGGCCAUUGCCCAGGCUCGGUCAGCGAUCCGAAGGAGGUUGGAUCGGCACUCCGCUGAAAACACGGCGCUUGUCAUAGACAACGAGGACCUUAGCGGGCUUGUGGAGGAGGUUCAGAAUCUCGCCGGUCGCUGGCAAAAAGCCUGGGCUCGCGCAGCAGAGACUGUUGAAGGUGAGCGCAAACCCAGCAUCGAUGCCGAGAUUGAGGAGCUACGCUCCAUCCGCAACCAUGUGCGCGACCGCCUGCUGCAACUGGAGCCGAGUCCUGGUCGGAUGAUGCCCGGCUGCGCCUUGACCUCCCCUGCCACGUCACGUUCACCGAGCCUGAGCUCUCCGAUGGCGGAGAUG